UUUUCCCUGCAUACAGUAUAGGAGAAAUGUUUAAAAACAAUUGGCAACUGACUGGUGUUUAAAACUGAAGAUUGUCAUGACUGUUUAACCUAAACUCUAUGCUGAAGUAAGAUUAAUUGUAUUGGAAAUACUAAUUUCGGGUAACCCAAAUCUAUUUCUGGAACCAUGAAAAUUUUGUUGGUGUUUGACUUUGACAAUACAAUCAUAGAUGACAAUAGUGACACCUGGAUUGUGCAAUGUGCUCCAGACAAAAAACUUCCUAUUGAACUACAAGAUUCUUAUCAAAAAGGAUUUUGGACAGAAUUUAUGGGCAGAGUCUUUAAGUAUUUGGGAGAUGAAGGUGUAAGAGAAAAUGAAAUGAAAACAACAAUGACAUCAAUACCUUUCACUCCAGGGAUGGUGGAACUUUUCAACUUUAUAAGAAAGAAUAAGGAUAAAUUUGACUGCAUCAUUAUUUCAGAUUCAAAUUCAGUCUUCAUAGACUGGGUUUUAGAAGCUGCCAAUUUUCAUGAUAUAUUUGCUAAAGUGUUUACAAAUCCAGCAGCUUUUGAUAACAAUGGUCAUCUCACUGUGGAAAAUUAUCAUGCUCAUUCUUGCAAUAGGUGCCCAAAGAAUCUUUGCAAAAAUGUAGUUUUGGUAGAAUUUGUAGACAAACAGUUACAACAGGGAGUGAAUUAUACACAAAUUGUGUAUAUAGGUGAUGGUGGGAAUGAUGUCUGUCCAGUAACCUUUUUAAAGAAGAAUGAUGUUGCCAUGCCACGGAAAGGAUAUACUUUACAGAAAACUCUUUCCAGAAUGUCUCAAAAUCUUGAACCUAUGGAAUCUUCUAUUGUAGUUUGGUCUUCAGGUGUUGAAAUAAUUUCUCAUUUACAAUUUCUAAUAAAGGAGUAAUAUACCAACAA